AUGCUUUCUAAAACUCACACUACUGAACUGGAAUUUGUUCUCCUGGGAUUGACAUCACAGUCAGAACUUCAGGUCAUCUUCUUCAUGGUCUUCCUGGUGAUCUACCUCAUCACUCAGGUGGAGAACCUGGGGCUGAUCCUUUUAAUCAAGACUGACUCCCUACUACACACUCCCAUGUACUUUUUCCUCAGCCACCUCUCCUUCGUGGAUCUGUGCUAUUCUACCAAUCUCUCCCCUCAGAUGUUGGUACAUUUCUUAUCAGAGAAGAUGACAAUUUCUUCUGCUGGAUGCUUUAUGCAGUUCCUUUUUUUCAUUGGCCUUGUGAUUACCGAGUUUUAUAUCCUUGCUGCAGUGGCUGUUGAUCGUUUUGUGGCUAACUGUUACCUCCUACAAUAUGGCAGCAAGAUGUCCAAGAAUGCCUGCCUUUGCCUGGUUGCUGUUCCCUACACCUUUGACCUCUUGAAUGGACUUUUCCAGACAGUAGUGACGUUCCACUUAUCUUUCUGUAGCUCCAAGACAAUCAAUAAUUUCUAUUGUGCUGAUCCUCCCCUCAUCAUGCUGUCCUGCUCCGAUACCUAUAUCAAAGAAAUGACAAUGUUUAUAGUUGCUGGCUUCACUGUAUCUAGCUCCCUCUUAAUAAUUCUCAUAUCAUACAUUUUAAUUCUUGCUGCCAUCUUGCGGAUCUGCUUUGCCGAAGGAAGGCACCGAGCCUUCUCCACCUGUGAUUCCCGUGAGACAGCUGUCAUCAUAUUUUCUGGGACCCUUUUCAGCAUAUAUCUAAGGCGGCCUUCAAAGCAGUCUCUAGCGGAUUCAAAAAUCAUUGCUGUCUUUUAUUCAUUUGUGAGUCCCAUAUUCAACCCCUUGAUCUACAGCCUGAGGAACAAGGAUGUGAUCGAUGCUCUGAAGAAAGUAACCAUGAGAAAACUGCUUAAUCAGAUGGCAGGCUCCAUGUCGGCCAUUUUCUAA